AUGUCCAGCUUAGGGCUUUCACAAAAGGCUACAGAACAGCAAGAAUACUACAAGGUCUUCACGGUGGAGCUUGACACGGCGGCUUUCGACGCCCUCGAUCCAGUCAAACGAUACCAUGAGGGAAUCUUUGUUCAAUUAUACCCGGAUGAAAACAUGGGACCAUUGUUCCAUGUUACCGGCGACAUCAUCUCAGCUCUUGGCAUGAGGUAUGAACGGCGAGACAAUUUUUUUCCCGAUAAAACAACCCAUUUGCACAGAUAUCUGCAAAUCGGAUGGGCUCGGAAGGCGGAUUUCGACCUGGGAAGUUUUGAUAAUAUUUUGCAAGCUCUACCAAGGCCAACUAGACAACAGGGUAUUAACUUUUGGGAAAAGGACCCAGUUACCAACCGCCAUGAAAUCAUUUGGGUGAGGCAGGAUGGGGAGCGCUAUGAACCUGGUGAAGUGCGCCGUCCCAUCUUCAAGUGCAAUGAAUGGGUGCAUCAGCACGCAAUUCCCGCGUUGCGCAACGCUGGCGUUUUGCGCAGUGAUGUAUAA